CUCUGCAUAAAACCUCUUGAGGUCAGUGGGGCGAGGCCCUGCACUCGCUAUUUCCUCUCCUCAGCUGCUCAUCACCAUUGACCACAUCUGAAGUCACAAUGGCCGGAAUGGUUAUAAAGAACAUGUCCUUCAAGGUUGGGCAAACUAUGACUAUUGUUGGAAAGGCUCUGCCUGAUGCUACUAAUUUUGCACUAAACAUUGGCCCAAAUGAGAAGGACAUCACCAUGCAUAUCAACCCACGUUUCAAUGCGCACGGAGAUGAGAACGCAGUGGUUUGCAACUCUUACCAGGAAGGCAAAUGGUGUGAGGAGCAUCGUGAGGGAGGUUUCCCAUUCCACCAGGGAGAAGAGUUUAAGAUCAUCAUUGUGUUCACUCCCACGGAAUUCCAGGUCACUCUGUCGGAUGGCUCUCAAAUCCAUUUUCCCAACCGUAUGGGCACAGAAAAAUACUCUUUCAUCAGCUUCACUGGAGAUGUUCGUGUCAUCAACUUCGAGAUUAAAUAAACCACAGUGACUUUAGGAUUGUUCAUUGAAAUUGGUGUUUACAUCAGAAAUCAUUGUAGCCCUUUUAUUUGCUCACACAUACAGUAUUUACUUACAAAUGAACCCAGCAAUGUUACUGAUUUAGUUGGUAUCUAUGUAGUCAUUUUGCUGUUUUACAUGUGCAGAUAAUGGACAUAGAGAUGAAUGGAUAUCUUUAACAGUAAUCGUCACACUGUAGGAAUGUCUAUGAUUGACUGUACAGUAAACCUAACAUAAAAUGCUUUUUUUUUUUUCCAAUAAACUGAAAUUUCUUUUAUCCUCCAAAACAUUCCAAAUUUGUACCAAUGCUUGCAUUUAAGGAGUAUUAAAGCAGAAUAAAACACA